ACAUUCUCCUAUUUGGAAGCCGUCCCUUUUGGGCAGGAGAACUGAAUCAGGAAUCUUCAGAGCAGUAUUCUAAAAGCUGAUCCGAGUUUCGACUAACCUCCUUGGCCUUCAUUGUCCUUGGAAGCUAAAGAUUUUGUUAAGCGGUUAUUGUACAAAGACCCACGGAAAAGAAUGACUGCCUCUCAAGCUUUGAUGCAUCCUUGGAUCGCUGGUUGUAUAAAGAACAUGAGCAUCCCAUUUGAUAUUCUGAUCUUCAAGCAGAUCAAAGCAUACUUGAAAUCUUCUUCUUUGCGCAAAGCUGCUUUGAUGGCUCUGUCAAAGACGUUAAUUACAGAUGAAGUUCUUUAUCUGAAAGCACAGUUUGCACUCUUAGCACCCAAUAUAAAUGGUCUCAUCACUUUGGAUAACAUCGCAUCGGCACUUGCUAUAAACGCAACAGAAGUAAUGAAGGAAUCACGCAUCCCUGACUUUGUUGCAUUGUUAAAUGGACUUCAAAACAAAGGGAUGGACUUUGAAGAGUUUUGCGCAGCUUCCAUUAGUGUUCAUCAGCAUGAGUCACUUGACUGCUGGGAGCAGAGCGUUCACCAUGCCUAUGAGCUCUUUGACAUGAACGGGAACAGAGUUAUAGUCAUUGAAGAACUCGCUUCCGAACUAGGUUUUGGAUCAUCUGUCCCAGUACAUACCAUUCUACAUGACUGGAUAAGGCAUACUGACGGAAAGCUAAGCUUCUUGGGUUUUGUCAAAGUGUUACACGGUGUCUCUACUCGACAGCCUUUAGCUAAAACAAGAUGAGCAAUAUCUAUAGAGCAAGGUAACAACAAGCAUACUAUGGAAUGGAUGUCAAGACCUUUACUGAUCUUGUUACUGAACUAGAAAAUGGAACUGUAUUAAAGACACAUUCCCAUGUUUAUAAUGCAAAAGUUCCAACAUAAGAAAGAGUACUAGGCCUCGAAAGUUGUAAUACAAUAGUGAUGUUGAUCCAGAUAAUGGCAAUAGAGGUUAAGAAACCUUCAUCUA